GCGGCGGGCCCGGAAGAGGGGGAGCGGCGCCGGGCGGGGCGGGGGCCCGAGGCGGCCGCUGCCCCACGCUGUCCGCGACCCCGGCCGGCCAUGGAUAUGAUGGAACUCCUAGAGGAAGAUCUCACCUGUCCCAUUUGCUGUAGCCUGUUCGAUGAUCCUCGAGUCCUGCCCUGUUCACACAAUUUCUGCAGAAAGUGUCUGGAAGGAAUUCUUGAGGGAAAUGUGCGGAACGUGCUUUGGAGGCCGUCUCCUUUCAAGUGCCCCACAUGCAGGAAGGAAACUCCUGUUGCUGGAGUCAACAGCUUGCAGGUCAACUAUUCCCUGAAAGGUAUUGUGGAGAAGUACAACAAAAUCAAAGUAACUCCAAAAAUGCCUGUGUGCAAAGUGCACAGCGGACAACCCCUUAACAUUUUUUGCCGGACAGACAUGCAGCUGAUCUGUGGUGUUUGUGCCACCCGUGGUGACCACACAAAGCACGUUUUCUGUUCCAUUGAAGAAGCUUACUCCCAGGAGAAGCGGGCUUUUGAAACCCUGUUUCAGGGCUUUGAAACUUGGCGUUGUGGAGAUGCCCUCUCACGGUUGGAUACCUUGGAAACCAGUAAGAGGAAAGCUCUGCAGAUGCUGACCAAAGAUUCUGACAAAGUGAAAGAGUUCUUUGAGAAGCUGCAGCACACUCUGGAGCAGAAGAGAAAUGAGAUUCUUUCUGACUUUGAGACCAUGAAACUUGCAGUGAUGCAGGCCUAUGAUCCAGAGAUCAAUAAACUGAACACAAUUCUGCAAGAACAGCGGAUGGCUUUUAACAUUGCAGAGGCCUUCAAAGAUGUGUCUGAACCCAUUAUAUUUCUGCAACAGAUGCAGGAGUUCAGGGAAAAAAUCAAGGUGCUCAAAGAAACCCCUUUACCUUGUUCCACUGUGGACAUCAGCCCCACAAUGAAGAGCUUCGACACCAGCCAGUGGAAUGGAAUAAAACUAGUUGAUGUGGACAAACUUUCCUUGCCUCAGGAAAACAAUGCUGGCAAAUUCAAGAUUUCCUCAGUCUUUUCGCGCAGAUUUAUACUGAACUGUCUUAUUUUCUUUACAAUUAUCUUGUCCUAUUUGGCAGAUAACGUGGAGAUAGCAGAUCAUGCAGUCUUUUACUGGGAACAGAUGACAGAUGGAGCUUCACUUUUAAGAGAAAAGUGUAAAAACUAUACGUUGGUUGUACUGGAUAAUGUUGCAGAGUUUGUGUGCAAAUAUAAACUGUUGUGAAGUCCCUGCUGAAAUAUAAGAACUAAGAGAGAUCUGGGGAAGAAAAUAUAGAACUUCUUAAAAUAAUUGGUCCUUUAAGACUUCUCGUGAAAACAUUCAAAGAUUCAAAAUGUUGCCAAAACAUUCAUACUGUUCACAUAGUUUGAGCACUGAUAAAACAGAAGAUGAAAUGGGGCUUUGAAAAACACUUAACUUCUGGAUUCUUCUUUCGGUCGCGAUUAUGGGAAUAUUAUUCACUGUAAAUCAUUUUUCUUACCAAAAUACAGGGCUGAACUGUGUACUUAGUUCAGUGUUAAUGUAAUUGUAGAAUAAGAUAAAAGAUCUUAGUUUAAAAUGUAUUUUUUUCUGACUCGGAGGUCGUUUGGUAAGAGGAAGAGCAGUUGUGGUUGAGGUCGGUGCUGUAUUGACAGGCUUGCUGAGGACUGCCCCUUCCUCUGCAAAAUGCAGCAUGCGUCAUUCACAGUCUAGAGCCACUUUGUGUCUGACAAUGUAUUUCACUUCUCACUGAAAUAGCUAUUUGGUGGGGUUUUUUUGUGUAACCAAACGUUGUAAUUAUCUUGUGCAUUCAAAUUAUGCGUUCUAUACAAAAAUGUGUCUUCAGGGCAAGCAUAAGUUCUAAAGGUAACGAGAAACCACUUGAGGUUGAUAAGAGCAGGCUGCAAGAUAGUAUGUACUUCGCGGAUAGUACGUACUUUGCAGUUUACUUUUCCAGCAUGGAAUUGUUGGGGUAACUGAGCUGUUUUCUGAGAUCCACGUUUCUCUGAAGCCCCACUUUCUUAAAAAGUGGCCUUAACGUAAACAGUUUAGUGCAGUGAAAGGCACACAGGGGUCUGCUGCAGGAAGGCAGCUUGAACUUUAGCCCUGCAGAGGUGGCGGGUCGAGCAGUUUCUCUCCUGUCCCUCUCUUUCUCCUCUGAUCGUAAUUCCAAAAGCCAGGAAAAAUGAUUGGAUGAUUCCUUGAACAAGUUGUGUCAUGUAACAAGUGUAUGGAUAUUGUUGAUCUUUGAAGUGCUUUAGCAUUGGAACUUAGAUAGGUUCUUCUGCUGUUACUGUAUUUUUGUGUAUCUUGUUUCAGGAGUUAAUUGAAUUUUCUGGGUGUAUUUGCCUUAGGAUGACAGUGAUUUAAAGUGAACCUUAAGCUUGAGUUCUCUGAAGUGCCCUUCUUUAGGAGCAUACAAUACUGAAAUGUCUUGCUUGAAGCACAUCUAACCUCUUUUUGCAGUGGUCUUAUGAACAGCAGUGUGUGGAAUGAACUAUUGAGUUGUCAUUUACAGAAAACAAACGUAACGUGUGCCAUACUUUGGGAAUAGUCAUUUGCCUCUCUGAAGGUUUAAUAAGUUGUGAUGGUCUAUUCACUGUAUUCCAGUAGUCCUUUCAAGCUGUUCAUUUCAAAAAUAAAACAUUAAAUUCCAAGAAUCAAAGUUUCCAAGCAACCAAACCCAGCAAACAAAACUAUUGUACAUGAUAUUUACGUCUUUGUUGCCUGGGAAUCCUGUUGCUGCUCCACACCUCACUCUAAACACUUGCAAAACCCACUCACUGGUUCUUGCAGCUGCAGCUGCCUUGCAGUUUAGGAAAGAUCAAGUCACAAACAUGUAGAUCAGAGAGUUAUGAUUCCUGAGUGGCUGAGGCAGCGAUGAGUAAUCAAGAGGUGGUCGUUCUGAGCGUGGGAGGUGUGAGAUAUGUAACCCGGGCUUCUACCUUGCAGCAGUUCCCUGAGUCCAGGCUGGCACGGAUGUUGAACCAUGAUGACGGGGAAUUCAAACUGGUGAAUGGAGAAUUUUUUGUGGACAGAGAUGGAGCUUUGUUUAGUUACAUCAUGGACUUCUUGAGGACUCUACAGGUCUCCUUACCAACUGAUUUCUCAGACUAUCAGAGGCUGCGGAGAGAAGCAGAAUUCUAUGGACUCCACCCCCUGGCUGACCUCUUGAGCCAGGAACACUUGCUAAAGCCGAGGCUGGAGAUCUUGGAAGUGCGUUUUUCUCUCCAAGAAAUGCAGGCCUUUUUCCGGAUCUUUGGUUCCUGCAGUACCACCGUUGAGGCACUAGCUGAGCAGAUCACUGUGUUUACAGGGCAGCAGUCAGGACAGAGCUGGAGCAGCCCUUUUCCUUCUCAGAAAACACUCGUUCCAGUCCCUUUGGAAAGACCUUCUCAUCACGACGUGGUUUUUCAGUGUGGUACUGAGUACUCUGCUGGGGACCAGUUUGUGGCAAGGUACUCUCCUCGUGUGACUUCUCGUUAUGGCGAUGUCUUUGUGACUUCUAGUUCAGGUAGCGCACCCUAUGUGCUAGCAAAGCUCGUUUUAAAGAAACUGAGAGAAAAGAAUUAUGUUUCCUUGUUUCUGCUAGUUUAAUGUUAUCUUUUUCUAGUUUUGAAACACCCAGUUUAAUUUCUGUUACACUGAUUUGCCUGUUCGUCAGCUUUCUAAAAAACAGAGUAAAAUGAAGCAAAGGAGACAAAGUAAAGGAGCGCAGUACUGGGGGGAAGCCUAAAAUCCCCGCUAGCUCAUGGUCCAAAAGGCUUUCAUAUGGAAAAGAGGAAAAAGAGAAUGUCUAAACAGAGUUAAAAACAUCAGUGAAACCAAGAUAGCAUUUCAGGGACUGGAGAGCUUUUGUAGAGCCUUUUACUGGGGGAAGGGAGAAGGGGUAGAUUAUUAACUAUAUGCUACAUAGUGGGUUUUCUUUGAAUUCAGAGCCAGGUUCUGUUUUUAUUAAGAUUACUGUAUAUCAGUAACUUUUGUGAUAGCAGUAUCAUAUUCUAAUGACAACUUACAUUUUUAAACAAGCUUUUGCUGGAUGUCUCUACUAUAUGGAGGCAUGUUCUUGCUAUAUAUGAAAAUGUAACCUAAUUUGUCCUCUGUGGCUCUUAGAACAUCUGGAAUUUUAUGGAAAUUUCAUUGAAAUAGUUCCAAAAGGGUUAUUCUAUCUGACUAUAUGAACCAACACAGCAGUUUUUUGAUUAUUUUUAAAAGAAAAUAAACUUUUCCUUUCUUCCAGCUUUCUUUGGCUAAGCAAGUAGAAGAAAAACUACUCUGCAUUCAUGAAGCAGCAUAUAUUUGUGUGCCAAACCUUAACUUUGUAAUGUAUUACUAAUUUUAGUGGACUAACAAUUGGUUGAGUAGGUUAUGGCAACUUAAAUAGUGAGGAAAAUAUUUCUGUUUGUUUCUUUUAUUUCUUCAGACUUGGUAAAAAUUUUCCUCUGCAGAUCAAUAGAAAAGCUUAUCUUGAGUGAUGAAACAAGUCAAGUUUUGAUUAUGUUGCUUGCUGAAUUUCUGUCUUAAUCUUUGUGGUGACAUGGAUUCUCUUGCCUUUUUUUGUGCUUUCCACAAAUAUUUGGUGUACUUCCCUGUGAACUGUGAAACAGUUUCACCGCUGUCAGCCUAUAUAUUUUGUAAUAGUAUCUUUACCUGGCUUCUGUUCCUCAAAAUGUCUGGGUAGAUUCUUACACUGUACUUUAUAUCAAGUAGAAUUUUAUGCAAUGUGAAAAUGAUUUUCAUACUUGUUGCCACAAGACCUGCUGUACCAGGUACCUUUGCAAUAAAUGUCACUGUUUGUAGAGAGA